AGGAAUUUUUGAGGAACAGUUGCUGGUCCACUUUGACUUGCAGAGCAUACUAUGGGGACCAGCAACAGUUUGCCUCUGUUGGUUCUUCUUUUGUAUUUGACAAUUCAUACAGGUAUGGAACGACUUGAGGCGAUGAGAGAAUAUUUAUCUUUGGGUGAACUAUCCCUUUAAUAAAUAUGUUCUUUUCUUAGCUGAUACAGUGUUACUUGUAUAUUUUAAUUGAUGAGUUAAUUAAACUAUAAAACUUACUGACUGAAUAAUCAGUAUGUUCUUCUGUAUCUGAAUAAAUCAAAAUGAAUUGAGAAAUAUUUAGUAAUGGUGUUUAGCAUUCUUGUGCUUCUGUUUUUAUUUUAGGAUGAUUCCGAGUACUGGACAUGUGACAUAACCUAAAUAAAAAGAAUGAAAAACAGACAUUCAAAUAUUGUUCACAGGACAAACAACAUUGAUGGAGUCUUCCAGAGAGAUUAUAACACUUAUGAAUGGUUAUAUUAGUGAGCAUUUACUAGUAUCAUCAUUAUUCCAAACCAAUGUAUUAAGAGAGUUCAUGUAUUCAUGGAACCAUAAAUUCUUAUGAGCAGAAUAAUUGCUGAUGAAACAGAAUUACCGUAUUGACCCGAAUAUAAGACGAUGUUUUUUCCUUGGAAAUACAUCUGAAAAAACGCGUUCGUCUUAUAUUCAGGGUCUAGACUUUGACAUGUCAAUAAUACACCCACAACAAUAGGUGGCGCCAAAAACGCAUAAAACGAGUGCCAUGAAAUAUGUAAUGUGUGUUGUAAAGAUCGCGAAUGAAAACAAAUGAAAAAGAAAAGCUUACAGCAGCAUGAUCGUGACUGUCAUGUUAGCCUGAUGGGAACAACUUCACCACUGAUUUUAAAACAUAAGACAGUACCCAGAUUUGAAGACUACAAUAAGAUUUCACGUCUACUAAUAACAUUUUUGUAGGCUACUAUGAGAUUGAUAGCCUAAUUGUUAUAUAAUUCAGAUGGGCUACCUGUUAUUUCAAUGGUAUAUCAAAAUGUUCCAAUGUCAUUGUUGGUACAUUUUACCAGUAUUUACCAUACUUUCAAAACAAAAAUUAGAAUUGGAAAAAUAUGCAAUAUGAAAAUAAUUUAAGAAUAAAUGUGUUUUACAGAGAGAGAGAAAAAAAGAAGAAAAAAACAAAAACAAGAUUCGUCUUAUAUUCGGGACAAUACGGUACUUUUUAAAAGAAUGAUGGAACAGUUAUACUCAAAUUACUGAAAGAACACAGUGCAUCCCAGCUGACGUAAGGAGUUGCGUAGCUGCAGACUGGUCAGAAUGUCCAUGAUGACUUCUGUCCACCGCUGAAAGUACAAUGGACAUCAAGGUCCAGGUACAUCAGACCUGGACCUUGGAGCACUGGAAGAAAAUUGCUGGGUCUGAUAAGUCUAGAGGAUGGUUGCAUGCGUAUGCAUUGUUUACCUGGGCAAGAGAUGUCCAGGGAUGCACUAUGGGAAGAAAGCAUGUCGGUGGAUGUAGUGUUAUACUCUGGGCGAUGCUGUGAAACUUUGGGUCCUGGCAUUCGUCUGGAUGUUAUAUUGACAUUCUACCCACCUAAAGUUACAGACCUUUAUGGCAGUAUAGUGUUCCUUGAUGGCAAGUGGCCUCUUCCAGCAGACACACAGCAAUAAUUGUUCAGAAACAGUUUGAGAAAAAUCCUCCAUCCUCCAAAUUCCACAGAUCUCAAUAUGAUCGAGCAUCUAUUGGAUGUACUUGACCAACAAAUCCAAUCCAUGGAGACUUGCAACCUGACACCAUACAACUUGCAAGAUCUGCUGUUGGUGCCAGAUACCAGAGGACAGGUUUAGAGGUCUUGUGGAGUACAUGCUUCAGUUCAUCUGAGCUGUUUUGGCAGCACGAGGGGGAUCUCCACAAUAUUAGGCAGGUGGUUUUAACGUUGUGACUGAUCAGUGUGUAUAUACUUGUAAGUAUGUGUGUGUACAUAUACUAAACAGAAACACUGGCAACUUUCACUGGGAAUUCUCAUGCCUUAUUGACCUUGUUCUUUCCACACUCAGAACAUCCAUCCAGGUUCCCUUUCUAUGUCGAGGUGUCAGAAGUUCAGUUGAUCCCUCUCCAUCAUGUUUUUUUUCUGCCAGAGACAUUUCCUCUGCCCUUUGUGCUAUCCAGGAUUUUAAACCAAUGCUAAAUCUAAACAAUUAUUAAAACAAAUAUGGUAUUAAUUAAUAAACAAAUGUUUUAAUACAGUUGUGUGUCCUUGAUAUAAUGAUAAUUUCAGUUAUUAUUCUUAAAUAGAUUAUAAAUAUAAAUCUAGAUCAUCUUAUAUAAUGAUUUAUGUAAUGGGAAUGUGCAAAGCUGGCACGUUGCCAUUAUUUCUAUUCAAACAGGAAUGGCAUUUUAAAGUCUCUCGGAGGGUUAAAUGCAAUUAUCUGAAAUUACUCUUACACUAAUUGUUCAUUUUCUGGAAAAUCUGAAAGCAAUGACAUGUUUUCGGGUUAGGCCAGCCGUGCAUAUGCGCUCAGCUCAGCAUGGGCGACAACAAAUUGCAGCUGUUGUUGGAGCUUCUGGAGCUUUUAAUGGGCUGCUGAAAAGGCAAGUAAGCAAUAGUUCAAGUAUUAUAUUAACACGAUGACAUGCGUGUGCAACAAGUGCAUUUAAAAAGGUUUUGUGUCAUCGAAGGAGCCAGGGUUGCUGUCUGGCCACUAUUAGUGUGCUAGUUAGUCUUACAUAUGCUGCUGCAGCUCAUUUUGUUGCAGGAUACAAGUUAGCUUGUCUUAUAUUUAUUCAUGAACCAGACAUUAACCCAGUGCUAACCAACCCCAUUCUCCCCUAUAUGUGAUCUAUCACACUGUGCCAUACAACAUAAAGUUACAUUUAUGUACAGACUGUUGAGAGUAACUCACCACACUCUGAUUAACUCUUAAAUUAGAAGAGAAAGAAGACUAAGCUUGAUGGAAAGUUUUGGCCAGCAUUUUUAUAUGCAUACAUAAAGAAAGGCUGACAAAAUGUCGAACAUCUUUUCUUCAAAUGCUGCGCAAAACAAUCCACUAAGUCUUUUUAUUCUGUUCAGAGUAGGCCUCAAUGUCAGGAUACCCUACCAUCAGCAUUUACACUGAGGGGUAGAUUGAACCUUAAGCGGCAAACAGGUGUCUUGUACUUGCUGAUCUACAGUAUGUUCUCUUCCUCUCAUAUUUCCUCUGACACAUUUUUUUUUUUUAAUCUAUAUGUGCUGGACGGGUAUCAGGUUGUCAGUUAUGUCUAACAUAAGCAGGUUAUUCCUGUUCUUAAUUCUUUCACUCAAUAAGUGAAUUAGUAGAAAUAUUUACAUGCUAAUUAAAUUAACUAAAGAAUGUAGAACAUUGACAUCUCCUCAGCCAGAUGAUGAGAAAAAAAACACACACAAAAAAAACAUUUAUACUAAUAAGAAAAAUGUAGUUAAAAAUUGCUGCAGUGUAAAUUGAUCUGUGAACAACAAACAUAGAACCUGCUAUUAGAGAUACAGUAUAUAGGCUGGACUAGAUGGCUCAUUUUACUACAUAUGAUUAAUAAGUGGAAUGACUGUAUCAUCAUUUUGCAACAGCCUACAAAACAAAACAAACUAUAAAGUAAAUAUAAUGGGUGAUCAUAAUUCUGGUAGGUUGUUAUUGCAUCAGCAUGUUUAUGCAGUGCUCCCCGGGAAAUAUCCCAUGUGCCUCACAGCUGGCAUGGGUGACAGUGUCGAUGAGUUGAUCUUUCCCGACAGCAAAUGGUUUUGCUAAAGUGCUGACCACUGCCAAAAAAUGUUGCACUCCCCCAUGUAAAGUAAGUCUAACUGCGCUCUGGCUCCCUUUGAAAUCACCAUUGGUGGACUUGGUGCUGCCAAGGUAAGAGACUAUUUGCAUGUGUGGGAUGUUUUAAUGAUUCUUGAGAGUCCGUACUAUGCACUAUGAAAGCUGAGAAUAAAGUCUUUGCUGGCUCAAAGAGUGUGUAACUCUUCCAAGAGGAUCUACUGGAGGGUUUCCAGAAUUGCAAACCUAGAUCACACAGACCAUUUAAUUUGUUAAUAAAGGUUGAUGCACUAAAUUCUACUCAAGAAAUCAUCUGCAAUGGAUAAAAUGAACGACCUGUUGAAUUCAACAGCUUUUACAGACAAUGUCUACAUAUCAAAACGAAGUAUCAGAAAGAUACUCAUCAGCAAGAGGCAUUAUCUGCCUGUGGAGAGUAACAUUACUGACACCAUGAAAGUGAGUUAUAAUCUACCCAGUGAAGAGGACAUCACUACUUCUACCGGUUGCAAUGAAAGAAAAACCAAAAAAUUACAAACCCAAGAGAAUUCAAGGACUCACACUACAUGCCACCUUCCGGAGAAAUCGUCUGAACAAUCCUAUGAAAAGGAGAGAGUUGAUAUAACCGAUGUGAAGGCUGAGCCUGGAUCUGAUUCCCGACCGAAUCAUGAGCACUUGGAAGCGACCAGCAUCACCAACAUGAAAGUGAAACAGGAGGUGGAUAUCGCUGUGCCAUGUGAACUGGCAGCGAUUCCAAGAGAUCAGCAGGAGAAUGUGGGGGACGAAUGCGAGGCUGAGGGAAACGGAGCAGACAGCCUGAACUCUUCUCAGAAGCAGGUUUUAAACAAUCAUUUUGUCUUCGCAGGCAUGAAGAAGCGAGGAAUGGAGGGAGACACGGAAAACCGUCCGUACAAGUGCCCUUACUGCAGCUGGGCUUUCAAAAAGUCCAGCAACCUGUUGAGCCACAUCGACACUCACCGAGGUCUUAAACCACACAUUUGUGACCUGUGUGGGAAGGCCUACUCGCACCAAGGUACUCUUCAGCAGCACAAGCGGCUACACACGGGCGAACGACCGUACCAAUGCCCAUUUUGUGAGAAAAGCUACAUUUGGUCCUCUGACUUCCGCAAACAUAUCCGAACGCACACCGGAGAGAAGCCGUACAUCUGUGAGGAAUGUGGCAAGGAUUUUGUGCGUUCCUCAGACCUGCGGAAGCAUGAGCGCAACAUGCACACCAACGACAAGCCGUUCCUCUGCAAGCAGUGUGGCAAAACCUUCAACAAACCCCUGUCUCUUCUCCGUCAUGAGCGCACGCAUUUGGGUGAGAGGCCGUUUGUUUGCCCGGAGUGCGGGAAAGCAUUUGCCCUGGCCAGUCGCAUGACAGAGCACAGGAAAAUCCACAGCGGCGUGCGUCCCUACACCUGCUCCAUUUGCUCCAAAGCUUUCACCAAGUCCUCCAACCUCGCUGAACAUCUCACAGUUCACAGCGGAGUGCGGCCACACAAGUGCUCAGAGUGUGGGGUGGCGUUCGCCAUGGCGUCCCGGCUAGUGCGACACCAGCGUAUUCACGCAGAUGUGCACUCCUAUCACUGCCAAAGCUGCGAUAUGUCAUUCGGACAUCUUGCGGCACUCAGGAAGCAUCAGAAGAAGCAUGGCGACGGCACAAUCUUUGUAUGCGGGCAGUGCAGUAAAUCUUUCCCCCAGGAUUCCCUGCUUACAGAACACAUGCAAAGCCAUGCUGACGGUGCGAUUUGCAUUACAUAAACCUACCCAUUUCGCACUGAAGCAACUGGAGGAUAGCAAGUAAGCCUGGGUUAUUCUUUCUAUCUAUCAGAAUUCAGCCUUAACAACAUAGUUAUACCUAGAAUUUAAAAAAACAUUUGACUUGUACUUAUUUUUACUAGUGUUAACUGCAGGGAAUUGUGGGGACCACUGAUGAAUAAAUCACUGUGUAUAUUCCUAGCAAAAGAACACACUGUUGUCAUUGGUGACCCAUUUGUAAAAAUGUUAAUGGCAGCUGAUGGCAUCUUAUAAACAAGGCAGAUUUUGUGUGUGAGAGAAAGUGAUAAAGAAUAUUGUGAAUUCUCUUAGACGUGUCGGAUGCACAGAGCUAUUUCAAGUUACAAGAUAUGUCGUUAAAGCUAUAUGAUAUUACUAUUACUAUGUGGUAGUGCUAUAUUUUGGUACUAAAUGUAUGCAGUAGGGGAAAAUGUGUAAUUGUAUUUUGAGGUUGCAGGGAUGGGGCUGGUGGUACAUGUUAUAUAAUGAAUUAAAUUAAUUAUGAACUGUUACCUUUUCUUUUGGACUUACAGUAAAUCACAUGUUGUAUAAUUGUGAAUAUGUUAUUACCAUCAUAAACAAAAAUGUUACAUAGUCAGACUAAAUAAAAGCAUUUUUCAGGA